AUGAAGGCCCCGCCCCCGUUUCCGAGCAAGUGCCCGGGGUCAGGAGGCGCCCAGGUGUUCGGAGGCACCCAGGUGUUCGGAGGCACCCACGGGACUCCCCGCCGAGGGAGCAAUAUCACGACUUCCAAACUUAUUGUUGACUCCAAAACACGCCUCACCUGCACCUUGGAUUCCAGUGACACUGCCAUCCUGGGACACCGCUGGACGAAAGGGGACAAGGUGCUGCAGGAGGACUCGGAGCCCGAUCUGACAACGCAGUAUGAGGUAGACACACACGAGAGCGCAGGACAGUACUUCUGCACCUUCCUCUCCUCGGAACCUACAGGCAGAACCGCCCGCUUGAAUGUGGAGGGGCCCCCCAAGAUUAAGGCUGUGAAGAAGUCAGAGCAUGCCACUGAAGGAGAGACAGUUGUGCUGGCCUGCAAGUCUGAGUCUUUCCCCCCGGUUACCGACUGGUUGUGGUACAAGAUAAAUGAUGAUGGGGUCCAGAUUUUCAGCAACGCGUCCCAAAACAAGGUUGUGAUGUCUUCGGAGACCAAGACGGAGUUGCACAUCCAGAACCUAGACCUGGAGGCAGACCCUGGCAAGUAUGCCUGCAAUGGCACCAAUGCAGAGGGCACUGACCAGGCCGUCAUCACGCUGCGUGUGCGCAACCGCCUCGCUGCCCUCUGGCCCUUUCUGGGUAUCGUGGCUGAGGUGCUCGUGCUUGUCACCAUCAUCUUCAUCUAUGAGAAGCGGCGGAAGCCGGACGAGGUCCUGGAUGAUGAGGACACGGGCUCUGCUCCACUGAAGAGCAGCGGGCACAUGAAUGACAAAGACAAGAACGUCCGCCAGAGGAACGCCAACUGAGUGAGCAAGUGAGUGAGGCAGUGAGGAGGAGUCUGCACAGGCCUGAGCUGCUGUCCAGAGGAGCCUGGUGUUCCAGGUGUUCCUGGUGUUCGCACCAUUCCAAGUCCUCUCCUCUUAAAGGAAACCUACCCUGCAAAGUAGACCACACUGUUGAUUCAAAUCACAUGUUUUCUCUUUUAAAAGAAACUAAGCUAGGGUUUUCUC